AUGUGCGCGCUCCCGUCUUCGUGUGCGCAGCGCCCCCCUGCGUGCACACGCACAAGUAAAAACAGCUGUGAUCUACUGACUUCAAGAGCCAGCGGAUCCUGCUCCAAUGACAUUGGCAGAUUACUGGGAGCUAAUCUCAAGAUCCUGAGAAACAUCAUUCUCCAAGAUGGUGCAGAAUUCACAAAGGUUUGGAGCAAGACUUCCAAGUCCCUCAUCGCUUAUGAAAGUGGACGGAUAUACUUUGAUAAUUACAGGUGUUGUUACAGCAGCCUUUUGCCUGAGCCAGAACAGCUGUAUGAGCUCCCUAAAGCCCCAAAAACAGAGAAGAUUGAAGAUGCAUUAUUAUGCCAGUGUCCUCUAGACAAAGUUCUACCAAACCCUUCAGACCAGAAAUCGUGUCUGCUGGUUCUGACAGCUCAUAACUGGUUAUAUCGGCUCUCAGCUGACACAGGAAAAACACUAGAGCGGAUCUACCUCUCUUCGCAUUUCAAAUUCAGAUCUUUAGGUUGGGACUCCUCACAGGAGACAUUAUAUGUGAAAUCCAUUCAGAGCAAACAGACAACUCUGGAACGACAGGCUGGUGUGAAUAAUAACAUCCUCAUGCAUGUGGCUGUAUUUCAAGUCUUUCCACUGGAGCUUGUAGGAAUGCUGGAGAUUAAUAAAAAAGUCUUUGGUAAGACUGCUGUGGACGUGCUGCUGUCACAGGGAGUGUUAGCUGUGUCACACAGCUCGAAACAUGUCAAACUUUACAGUUUUGAGUACAUUGUUAAUAAGUUUAGAAUUGAGGAGUUGGCUCUGGGACAGCAGUGUGAGAUGAAAGGAAUUGUGGGAGAAGCUCCAUAUGGCAUUCCGGUCAACAUUCACAUUCAUGAGUGUCCUCCCGUAUUGUUUGAGAUGUCAUACUUUGAGAACGGGGUUCAGAUCGGAGGUCAUCCCUGGCACUACAUCUACACCCCCAACCACAAGAGACACAGAGGAACCCAUCAUAUCUGCUCUAUCACAGACGGAGCACUGGCUAAGAAUGGCAUCCAGGACAUGAAGUGUGACUCUCUAGAAGCAGACUGGAUCUUUUUUCACCCAGAUGACUCGGGCCGAAUUGUUCAUGCCGGGCCCAGCACAAUAAAUGUUCUGAAGAUCAUGGCUGAAACAGGAUGUGACUGGAAGUAUGAGAUAGUCACAGCCUUCUCCAUCACCGCUGCUCGUGACGAUAGUGCCCCUCAGGUGAUUGUGACGUCUUCUGGCCGUGCAGUGAAAAGGAGAUUCCAGUUGUUAGACGAUGACCCAGCUCAGCAGACAUUCAGAAUGGUGAAGUACGAAGAUGAACUUGAUCUGCUGGCUGUGGUAGACAUCACUCAGACUGAAGACGAGGGACAGGCCCAUCUCCGUCUACAUGACAAUAAGACGGGGCUUUUAAUGAAGAGAGUUCCUCUAAAAGAGCCAUGGGAUGUGACCUACAGUCACGAGGUUUACUUUGAUAGAGACACAAUUAUUCACACUGUCCAGGAGAAAAAUAACUCAUUCUGCUGCCAUGUUUAUAAAAUGAAGAGACGACCUCCGGAUGAAAUGAGCACAUUUCAUAUUUCUGUAUGUGAGGAUUAAUAAUGAACUAUAGUGCAUUUCUCAAUAAAAAAAAUAAAACAUGUAAUUAAAUUUUUCUAUGUGGAUUUUUGACAACUUGUAAGCAAAAGACAUUUGUUUUUAAAUAUUUGAAUCUUUCACACUACAUUUGGACUGAAUAAUGGACAAACACAUUAAGACCUCGAUGGAAGUGAACUUGAAAUGCUUUUGGAUUUAGUUAUUUACUUGUAACUUUACUAAUAAAGACUAGUUUGUGACCAAUA